ACUUAAAAGAACCAAAAAAAAAUCAAAAAGGCAAAACGAAUGUGAGAGGAAAGAGGGGAGCUUCGCAGUGGAAGCGAACGAAGAUAGAAGAGAAGGCCCGACCCUCACAGCUCGAUUGAUCCGUCGUCUCCCUCUAAAUCCACUCGAUUUCUUCUCUCUCUGGUCGCGGAGUUCCAUUUAUAGAAAGAUAUCAUUGAUAAGCAUACACACAUGUCGGGGAUAUUACCUGGGGAGUCCUCGCAUCAGGUUCAGGGAAGGUCUGAGGGCAGUGGGUAUUCGAGGAACAGUCUUGACAGGGAGCCAGAGGAAGUGGGUCGAUGGUAUUUUUCGAGGAAGGAGAUUGAAGAGAGCUCCCCUUCGAGAAGAGAUGGACUUCGGAAUUUUCAAGUUUGUGUUUUUCGUUGUGAACUAAAGUUACUUGAAUGGAUGGGAUGGAAUAUAUAUUGUCCGAUUAUACAGUUGAAGAUGUCAGUUGGCUUUGCUCCCUAUCUGAGAGUGAGCUCGAUUUCCUGAUUAGCAUAAAGCUACUUGUCCUUCAACGCGCAAAAAUGGUCGGCCGUGGGGAACUAGCCAUGAAAUUUGAUCUAAAGAUGCUUCGAGCUCUUGGGCUCAUUUUGAUGGAACAUCUUAAAGGAAAGCUUGAAGAUUUGUCACUUGUUCCGGACUUGCCCCAACCUAGUUUAUUUAUGGAUGGCUGCAAUUUACUGAAAUCUAAGCUUGAGGGAAUUAUGAGCAUGGAAGAGCUAAAGGCUUGUAUCAUUGAUGAUUCACAAAAAAAAUGGGCAAAAAGGCCACGUGAAGAAUCCGUGAUAGGUUAGAGAAUAGCGGAAUAUGAGAUCCCAAUGUGAGGCUGCUCCUUGGAAUCUUAGAUACCAAAGUUCCAUAUUCCAUCCAACAUUUUCAACCAUCUUGCUGCUAUAGGCCUUGCAAUCCUCAUGGGGAGCUCUUUGUUCUGCUGCCAUUGACACUAUCAAAAGAAGGUUAGAUAAAGACAUUUGCAGCAUAACUGUUUGUGUGAUUGUGAUCCCUCUCUUUUCCUAUGUAGUCUUUUGUUAUUUCAAGCUCGUCUUGUUGUUUCAGCUUUGCAGCUACUUAAUCUUUUUUGCUGGUUUCUCUUUUCUUUCAUUCUUAUACUGAUAGGUUCUUGUGUAAAAUCAUUGUACUCUAAAUUAAUGAGCUUCUGGUAAAUUCUAUCAAUAUC